GUGGUAAUGUUAAACUGUGGCUUAUUGUUUGACAGUUUGAACUCCCUAUAUAACAACAAAACAACAAUUGCUAUCAAAAGCAGAUAACACACCGAUUGUACCAUUGUACAAUGUAAAUAAACGGAAAAAGAAAAAAUAGAAUACGUUGGUUGAUAAGCAGCAUAUCAAAUUUUCUACCCAGUUGUUCAAGCGCGAUUCCCAUUCGAAUUAGUGAAUUUAACAAAAAUACCGCUAACAACAUGGACAAGAAAGCAACAUUCCUUACCAAGGAACUACCAAGGCGAAUUCUGCUUUACUGUCCGGAGUUGGACGAUGAGGGAAUGUUUUCGGAUGUGAAGCUAACAACGCCCGACCAUUUGGAUGGUUUUAUGUCGACAAUCCACAAACUUUCGUUCAAGUACGAAAGCAAGGAUGGAAGUGACACGAGAAUACUGUAUUUGAUGGUGAAAGUGAUGAAGGGAAGUGAUGCGUUCCGUGAAUCAUCCAUGGGUAAGACACAGUUUACGAAUGAAAUCUACAUCUACACAAAGGUGCUACCCGCUUUCCAAGAAUUGUUGGAUACGACCGGAAGCGUUUUGACUGGAGACUGGUGCCCGAAGGUAUACUACGGAGAAACGGGACACUUUCCAACCUAUAGUGAUCAAUAUGAAACCAUUCUCGUGCUGGAAGACAUCUCUCCGUACGGCUAUAAAGCCGGACCCCGGUUGGAUUUGGAGGAAGACCAUCUGCGCCUGAUGGCGCGAAACAUUGCAUCUUUUCAUGCGUGUACGUAUGCCAUGCGCAUCCGCAAGGAUACACGAUUGGCAACACUGAUCGAUGGAAUUGCUCCGCUAAACUUUGUGACCGGCGAUACAACUUUUACCAGCUACGAUGUAUUGCUAAGACUGGGUGCAAGCAGAUUGUACCGAUAUUUGGACGCACAUCCAGAACAGCUGGACAGUGAAGGCUUCAAACAGGAUAUCGAAAAUAUGCGCCAUCGUUACGAGGCCACCCCCAUACACUUGAUGCAGGAUUUACUACAAAAAGAUGACGUGUUCUCCGUCAUUCUACACGGUGACUACAACCGUAAUAAUGUGCUAUUUCGGUCGGAUGCCAACGGUAAACCAAUCGAAGUAAAAAUGUUCGACUUUCAAGAGAAUCGUUUCGCGACGCCAGUGAUCGACUUGACGUUCUUCAUGUACAUGAGCAUGGCGGAAGAUUUGCGCAACCGAUGUUGGGACGAGGUGGUGCUGGAAUAUCAUACCGCCCUGCUUGAUAGUCUCGUGGCAAUUCUGAAAGUGUCCAAGGAAGACACAUUGCUCGAUCCGUAUCGUCUUGAAUCGUUUCUGGACCAUUUCAAGCGGCACGCAAUUUACGGCGUCAUCGUAACGUUACACUUCCUCCCAUGGAUGAUGUGCCCGGAGGAAGAAUGCGAACAGCUGUCGUAUCAUUUUGCGCGCGAUAUACACUCGAAGGAGUUGGCCGAUUUGACUAUGGUUUGUGGUGGGGAGGAAGUGGACAAACGGUUGGUCGGUGUGCUGCGACAUGCUAGCCGUAAAGGAUAUUUUGAUAUAGUGAAACAGUAGGUCGCAAAAAGAACUCAGUGCUCGAUAUGCACGACCAACACAGGGAACUAUAAUAUGUGGUUUAGAUUUAGUUUAAUUGUUGAACAAUUUAAUGUUAAGCUGAAGCGAAAAUGUUUAAUUACCCUUUAUAAAAUUGUGUCUAAAAUGU